UACACUAAUUGUCGAGCCCUGGCCAUAAGUCACUCUCUUGUACGUUGGCCAUCUGAUUUUCAAAAAUGUUUCUUUAGUGUAUGAAACCAAAGGUGCUGAGAAUUCAUUUUGAAACACUUGGAGAAGAGGAAGGUGAUCAGGAACAGUCAAUAUGGAUUCACCAAGGGCAAGUCAUGGCUGACCAAUUUAAUUAUUCUCUAUAAUGAGUCUUUCAGCCUUCUUUUAUCCACAUGUCAGGGCCCACAGUCAGUUCAUUUUUAGUUGGGAAUUCAGCAGAAGUUGUUCUGGCUAUAAAUCUAAUUCGUGUGAAUACAGAAACAGGAAUGUUGCCAGUGUUAAGCUGUAGUGACAGUAACAGAUAUGGUGAAUGGAGUUUAAAUGUAUCUCAUGGUAUGAAUGUUUCCAAAGUGACUGUAACCUUGAUGAGAAACCUGCAGUUGUGUGUGUCUAACACAACUGAUUGCUGCAUGGAGCCACUUUGUGUUGUUGAGACUCUUCAAGUUUCUGCUUGCCGUGGUUCAACAAUGUUAGCAAAUCUCCUGAUUCAAGCUGAAAUAUAUGCCAACUCUUCCUUUAUAGGAAAUGUGUCAGAAAAUGCAACAGUAAUCCCUAACCAAGUGUUUCAGCCCCUUGGCUCUUGUCCUUGUAACCUGACAGCUGGAACUUGUGAUAUUCGUUGUUGCUGUGACCUGGAAUGCACACCAAAUUUGAAGCAAUUGUUCAAUGGAUCAUGUUUUGCUGGAGUGUUUGGUGGGAAUGUAAACUUGCCUUUUGACCAUUUGUGUUCCAUUCAGACAACAAAAAGUGCUCCUGACUGGUUUCCCUUCUUGUGUGUACAGUCUCCUCUUAACAAUACACCAUUUCUUGGUUACUUCUACCAUGGUUCUGUUUCUUCAUCUCAAGUUUCUUCAUUUAAAAUUCCUUUGCAAACUGUUCCAGUAAAACCUUCGCGUGGAUACAAACAAGGAGACCCAAUUAUGACAACAGAGAAUGAAUAUUUUACAAUUCAUCAGCGAUCCAUGGCUGGGCAAUGUGUUGGAAACGCCCCAGUAGCAUUCCUUCAGAAUUUUGAUGUUAAAUGUGUUACUAGUCUGUCAUCUUACAAGGAAGGAUUGUCUCAUAAUGUGAUGAUAAACAGUGGUACUGGAGAUACCAUCCAACAAAAUGUCAUCUAUGGAAAUGUAACAGAUAUGCAUAAUUUCAUCACUAAACUAGAAGACAUUCUGCCUACUGAGAUUUUAUGUAGAAGUGUGACCUUUGCAGAAUAUUAUAUGUUCAUAUGGAAAGGCAAGACAAUAGAGGAAAUAAAUGUCACAGUCUACACUGGAAAGUUAUGUGAUAGAGAAAUACUGACACAGAGAUUUGCAGUAAAUUUUAUAAGCUUCAAUAGUACUAGUACAACAGAACUGUCUGGGAAUCCAGGCUACCAGCUUGGCAAACCUGUUAGAGCUGUAAAUAUUAGUUCAUCUGAUACUGUUACCACUUUAAAGCUUUGGAAGCCAGUUGGCAGUGGUUUAUGUACGUCAGCAACUUUCACACCAGUACUGUUUGGAUUAAAUUCACUAUCUGGAUGCAUUUUAAAAGUUGACAUUGACAAGAAUUGCAGUCAGUUAAGGAAGGAUGUAACUGAUAGACUUAAUUCAUUAGUACAAGCUACUCACGUUGGGAAGAGAGGUAACUCAAGUUCCAGUGAUCUAAAUGACUUGGUGGAAAUAAUACGUUUAGAUCCACCUAAUCCUAGCGAAAAUGCAAGUGUUGGAAAUGUGAAGGGCAUCUGCUCAGAUAUUCCAGCUAACCUGAAUAUUCACAUAAUCACUGCUGAUGUGGGUGCAGUACAAGGGAUUGCACAAGAAGAGAUACUUGGUGUGCAGCUCAGUUUUUCAACAGUGAUAUGGCAAUUUCAGUGUGGGAUUAUCUGUCAAAAUAAAUCCAGUUCUCUUCCUGUCACUGCUUCAGUCCAUUUUAUUAAAGUGCCAGCUCAACCACCCAUUCCAAUGACCAGAUUUCAGAUUAACUAUACAGAAUAUGACUGCAAUCGAAAUGAAGUUUGCUGGCCACAACUCUUUUAUCCAUUGACACGGUAUUACACAGGAGAACCAUACUCUCAGUGUCUUGCCAAAGGCUUAAUAGUGGCAUUUUUCUUCCUACUUGCCGCUGUUCUGAGUAAUCCUUGGAGCAGAAUCCUUGAAGUGUAAAAUAAUACAACAGUUGAAAAUUUGAGCAUACAAAACAUAUUUUACUACUGCACUUUUUACAUUUUUUGUAUUCAAUUAUUGUUUCAAUAAGUAGUAUUUUUAUUAUAAAGUUUGUGAAAAAAAAUAAUUUCUGGAUUUUAUGUAUGUUUACUAUAUAUUUGAGAGAGUAUCUGUAAGCCAGCCUAUUUAAGAACUCCUCCUAAACAGUAAGAACUACGACCACCAAAUUUGAUAUGUAGUUCCCUCUUACUAUAAUAUAAAGCAGGGUAAGGGUUUGGUUGUGCAGGAGGUGGGGGAUGACCUCCCCACCCCAUGAGUACCAGGAGGCAUAACAUUAUACAGAAUAGAGACAUAAUCAGCAGGCAGCUGAAAGAUGUUGCACUUUUCUCUCCUCUGAACCUCCCCAGCCUCAAGCCUCUGCCCCACCCCAGAAGCCCUUUAGGGUGGGUGGAAGAGGCUGCAAGUCUCCCUCCCCCCAUUUGUACAGGAGCAUUGCUGGCUAUUUCCCUUCAUCAGGGAGCGAGAGGAAAAUGCUUUUUGCUAUAUUCCUCAGUCUGGUUGGUAAGUGCAGGAAGCAGUUUAACCUGGACCUGUCUUCCUCCCCCAGCUGUGUCUGCUGUGUACUUCUCACUUGACCUCAAGCUGCUGCAGACUGAGAGGGCUAGAGUAGUCCUCUUUCCUUGGGGAAACCUACAUACUGAAUCCCUCAUAGAAUCAUAUAAUACUAGAACUGGAAGGGAUCUCAAGGGGUCAUUGAGUCAAGGCCCCUGCCCUCACGGCAGGACCAAGUACUGUCUAGAUCAGUGGUCCCAAUGCGGUGCCCGCGGGCCCUGGGCGUGUGGCACAGGAAUGGGGCCAGCCCCGGAAGUGUGGCGAAUGUGCGGCGCCAGCACUGGGCACGUGGCGUACGGGUGGCCCCGCCCCCGGGCGCGUGUGCAGCCCUGCCCUCGGGUGCCUGGCACGUGAGUGGCCCCACCCCCAGGCGCCUGGCAGCCCCAAAAGGUUGGGGACCACUGCUCUAGA